UCCACAAGCCGCAGGGACAGUACACAGAUGCUCAGCUGACUGCGUUCCUGCUGAAAGGCAAGGAAGGAGGAGGGAUGCCACCAACACCACCGGGCACUCCACUGGACGAGUGUACGUUUCGACUCCCGUGUCCGAUGUCGACAUGUCCAAUGCCGGGCUGUGGGAAGAGGGUAAAGCGCAUGUGGAACCACCUACAAAACCACAAAAAGAGAGGGGACGUGUUACCAGAACAGCAGUUACACACGAAGAGGAACAAGUGGAGUGCCGAGGAGGAGAGAGUCCUGAGGGAGGAACUACAAAUAACCCCAAACCAGCAAAUACCGUCACGCAAGACAUGCCAGGAGGGACGACGAAUUGAAGGAUGCCUUUCGAGCUGGGGUUGUUUG